AUUGCAGGAUCAAACAUUAGAUUGAUAUAAUAAAGAUGUCGCUAACUGAUUCAUCUCGAGAGGAAAAUGUUUACAUGGCCAAGUUGGCUGAGCAGGCGGAGCGAUACGAGGAAAUGGUAGAGUUCAUGGAAAAAGUUGCAAAAACUGUCGAUGUGGAGCUGACCGUCGAGGAAAGGAACCUUCUUUCCGUGGCUUACAAAAAUGUUGUUGGGGCGAGGAGGGCUUCAUGGAGGAUCAUCUCUUCUAUUGAGCAGAAAGAAGAGAGCAGAAGAAAUGAGGAUCAUGUUGCAACCAUCAAGGAGUAUAGGGCCAAGAUUGAAGCUGAGCUCAGCAAGAUAUGUGAUGGGAUUUUGAGCCUUCUUGAGUCUCACCUCGUUCCUUCAGCUUCAUCUGCUGAGUCCAAGGUGUUUUACCUUAAAAUGAAGGGUGAUUAUCACAGGUAUCUUGUUGAGCUUAAGACUAGUUCUGAGAGGAAGGAGUCCGCUGAGAGCACUUUGUUGGCUUACAAAUCUGCUCAGGAUAUUGCACUCGGUGACCUAGCACCUACUCACCCAAUUAGGCUGGGACUUGCUCUUAACUUCUCCGUUUUCUACUACGAAAUCCUAAACUCACCUGAUCGUGCUUGCAAUCUUGCAAAACAGGCUUUUGACGGGGCUAUUUCUGAGUUGGAUACAUUGGGUGAGGAGUCCUACAAGGAUAGUACAUUGAUCAUGCAACUUCUUCGGGACAAUCUGACCCUUUGGACAUCCGACAUAACGGACGAAGCCGGAGACGAGACCAAGGAAGCUUCCAAACCCGAGUCGGGCGAGGGACAGCAGUAAUGAGUGAAGUUCAUAUGAUAUGUACUCUUUAUGCUGUAAUUUUUGU